AUGGCUCAAUCGUCAAGGGCUGUGAUCCUGCUGGCUGCGAUCUUACUGCAGUUCCUCAAUUUGCCGUUUCUUGUCGCUGCGAGCAUCCAAGAAAAGCUCGUGGGAUUCGAGCCAUCCGCCGGGGCCGUUGAAAUCCACAGCGCCACCAUCCUUUACGAUGAUAAUGAUCCGGUCGGUAUCAAGAUUGCCGUAAAUAGCCUGGCCGAGGACCUGGAGCAAAUCACGGGCCGCAAGCCACCUGUCAAAGCAUGGCGAGGCGCCAACCAGACCAGCGACUCUGGCUCUCGUACUUCUCCUCAAGCUGUCAUUAUUGCCGCGACCGUCGACUCCCCGCUCCUGCAGGCCCUCGAGCGCGCGAACAAAGUUGAUGUUGAAGGUCUUCGUGGCAAGUGGGAGUCUUUCCACACCACCCUGGUCAAGGAUCCUCUGCCUGGCGUUCAGCAUGCGCUCGUCAUCGCUGGCAGCGACAUGCGUGGCGCCAUGUUUGGCGUCUACACAUUGUCGGAACAGAGUGGAAAGUCUCCCCUGCACUGGUGGGCGGACGUCCCCGUAACCAAGCACAGGAGGAUCUACGCCCUCGACAAGACAUUGACCCUCGGCGAGCCGAGCGUCAAGUUCCGCGGCAUCUUCAUCAACGACGAAGCCCCUGCUCUGACCGGCUGGUGGGCGAACCACGCAAACAGAACAGACUACACCUUCGACGCCGAAUUCUACGAGCGCGUCUACGACCUGCUCCUCCGCCUCAAGGCAAACUUCAUCUGGCCCGCCAUGUGGGCGAGCUUCGUCCCCAAGCCGGGUCGCAUCUUCUUCACCGACGACAGCCGGAGCCAGCAGCUGGCGAGCGACUACGGCAUCGUCGUGUCGACGAGCCACCACGAGCCCAUGCAGCGGGCAUCGAACGAGUGGACGCUCAACCCGGCAGGCAAGUGGAAUUGGGUUGAGAACAAGGACAAUGUCGUCAAGUUCAUGGACGAGGGCAUUCGGCGCGCAGGCCAGAACGAGACGUACUUCACGCUGGGCAUGCGCGGCGAGAAUGACGGACCGAUCAACGCCGCUGAUCCCAUCGCUGUCCUCGAAGAUGUCUUCGAGACACAGCGCGGACUGCUGGCUAAGCACUACGGCAACGUGACGGCCGCACGACAGGUCUGGACUAUUUACAAGGAGGUUGCGACCUACUACGCCGCAGGCCUGACGCCCCCAGACGAUGUGACGCUCAUGUUUACCGACGACAACUGGGGUAAUGUGCAGCGCUUGCCAACUGAAGAGGAGCGGAAAAGAUCGGGAGGCAUUGGCCCCAAAGUAUACAAAGAGCUGUUCCAAGCUGCCGAGCGCGGAGCAGAUCGCAUCUGGGUGCUUAACGUUGGAGAUAUCAAACCUCUUGAGGUUCCCAUCAAUUUGGCGAUGGAUCUCGCGUGGAAUAAAACACGUUUUGACCUGGACAGCCUACCACAGUAUCUCGAGACCCUGGCCGAGAGAGACUUCGGCGCUGAAGUGGCCAAGGACGUCGCGUCAGCUUGGUUGGCCUAUAGCCACCUGAUCGGCAUGCGGCAGUUUGAGACGACCGAGCCCACGACAUUCUCCCAGCUGAGUUUCGAGGAAGCUGACAAAAUCGUCAAAGCCUGGAAGUCACUCGCAGAGCUGGCUCAGUCGAUCAGUGACAGGCUGCCUCGCAAUCGCCGUGACGCCCUCUACCACACGCUUCUGUAUCCUGCGUUAGCUGGGCAUAACUACAUUUCGAUCGUCCUGGGACAGGGCAAGAACCAGCAGUACGGCUUCGAAAGACGAAACUCGGCCAACGCCGUUGCUCACAGGCUGAUCGACGAAUUCGAGAACGACCACGAUCUCGUCCAGAGAUACGACCGCAUCGCCGGCGGCAAAUGGAAGGGCAUCAUGGCGACGCCCAAGUUCGAUAUGAACGUUGCCGACUGGCGUCCGUCGUCGCGUGACGUCCUUUCCAACUUGUCCUUCGUCCAGCUACGCCAGGACUUUGACUACGGUUUCGGGAACCUGGGCAUCUACGUCGAGCAAUCGCGAAGCGCGCUGUCACAGGGCCGCAUCUGCGCCUCUAUCAACCCUUCACUGCCUACGAAAGACGGCUUUUCGCCGAGGAUGCGCCUCAUGCAACCUCAUGGACCCGAGUCUCGCUUCAUCGAGCUGUUCCACCGUGGCGAUCAGCGCAAGCCGAUCCCUUGGUCCGUGGGUGCGGCCGAGUCGUGGAUCAGAUUCUCCAAGACGUCGGGCCAAGUCACGGCCGACGAACCGGAUGCACGCAUCCAUGUCAGCAUCGACUGGGCGUCUGUGCCGUCGGGGCUCAAUAAAACGGUCGAAAUUCGCGUUUCGUGGGAGCCAGAGCCCUACUUCGACAUUGUUCACCUGCCCAUACUCAACUUGAACGCUCCUACAGACUUCAAGGGCUUCCCUGAAACUGACGGUUACAUCUCAAUCGAAGGACCUCACCACCAGAGGUCAUCAGGCGAGGCCAGCGGCGAUGAGAUUGGCUUCCAAUACGCACCUCUCCUCGGCUCCCGAUCCGAAUCCGGCUCCGUCGCACUACGCCCAUACGCGGCUGCCAAGAAGGCCCCAGAGGAUGCAAAGAAAGCUUGGCUAGAAUAUGACAUCUACAUCCUCGGCCAGGCUACGCGCAACCAGGUCAACGCGACAGUGUACAUUAACGGUGCUUUGGACACCGACCCCAAUACGCCGAUGGAGUUCUCUCUGUCCGUUGAUGACGCGGCGGCAAAGUUCACGCGCGUCCUGGGCCAGCCGGCCAAGGCGGGCGAUACGCCUCCAGAGUGGACGGCAGGUGUGGCGGACCACGUGUGGAAAAAGACCGUUGCGCUUGGUAACCUUGCGCCUGGAAAGCACACGCUGAGAUGGCAGGCCAACUCGCCCGAGGUCUAUCUCGAGAAGAUUGUGGUUGGCACGCAGGGCAGGGUGCCAGAUUCCUACUUGGGCCCCCCAGAGACUCGGCUUCUUGAAUGA